AUGAAUGAGCACAACAUUCGUGAAUCUAUGGAUGCUUUCGUCGAAAGCUCGGAACGCACUCCCGUGGUGAACGAGGGCCAGGACGAAGAUUUCGUUGAUCUCGAUCAGCCCCAGGAGGUGGGCUUCUUCCCUAGUAUACAUCAACAGCAAGCUACGCAGGCGCAGCAGAAUUACCCCGUCGAGGGCCGGCCCACGAUCUCCGAGCUAGCAGAGCGCAGGCGGAUGCAGAACCGCAUUGCCCAGCGCAACUAUCGCAGGAAGCUCAAGAAGAAGUUUGAGGAUUUCGAGCGUCGUGCUGCCUCCAGCUCCGCUCCGGUGAAUCCGGCAGACCAGGGUGACUAUAGCCGCCGUAGCCCGGACAUCCCGGCAGAGGAACUCGGCUAUGCUGGAGUAGGUGAACGAGUUCACGAGGACGAUGACCAUCUGCAACGCUCGCAAGGCCGCCGCCGCAUUAUUCCUGACGACGAUGACGGCGCGCGGGCGCUCGACGACGACGCGCCGUACAAACCUCCAUCGAUAGAGCGUAGUUACCCUGAUUUCACCGAGUACGAUCUUCGCAGCCACGAUAAUUUAGGAACCUCGCUCAGACCGGGCUACCAUGCGGAUCCGAUGGAGCUAAAUGAGGAGCAGGUGCGUGAGGAGGAGGAAUUGCUGGCUCAGAAGCGGUUAGAGCUGAAGGUGCUCAAGGAAAAAACGGCGCGCGAAGAGGACGAAGAGGCACUGCUCCGGAAGCGGCUGGAUCUGGGGAUUCUCAAGGACAAGCAGGAACGCGACGAGGAGGAGGAGCGGCUAAAGCGUGAGGAGGAGCACAUCCGUAAGAAGUACGAGCGUAAGCGGCCAGAAGAGGAAGAGCGCAUCCUCGAGAAGUACGAGCGCAAGCGGCUGGAAGAUAAGCGCAGGCGCCAAAAAGAAGAAGAAGAGCUUGAGGAGCUGAGAAAGAGGGCUGUUCAGGCGGAGAAGGAGCGCAUAGCUAAGGAGGCGGCUGCUAAAAAGACAGCGGCCGAAGAGUAUGGGCUAAAGAUAGAGAGUGAGGCGAAGGAGGCCGAGGACUAA